AUGGGGAAAACGGGCCCACCGAACUCAUGUCGGGCACCCCCUAGCACCUGUAUUUGGGAGCAGAAGGGCAGCCUUAAGCCCGUUAAGCGUGUGGUGGUGCGCAGCCCACACCCGUCCAUGCUCCGCACCGCUGGCCCAUGCGCGCCGUCCCCACCAGGCACCUGCAGGCUGACCGGCCACCUCAACGGAGGAGGUCCCCAGGCCGGCCGGCGAGAGCGGUCGGCGGUCAGCGGUCCUGCCCCGGGGAGCCGGCGGCUCCCGUCCCGCAGCGCGCGCGGACCGGCGGCGGGGACGCGGCCCCCCAGCGCGGCCCAGACUGAGAUGCCCCGGAAGCCAAGCUCAGGGCAGCGGACGCCCAAGUCCAGGGGGCGGGGCCGGGCGCACGCUCGGGGGCGGGGCCGGGCGCGCGCGGCGCACGUGACGCCGGUUGCCAGGGUGAAAGGUCAGGCGCGCCGCGGCACUCCCAACAUGGCGGCGGCCAAGGCGGCUGAGGCGGCGGCGGCGGCGGCUGGAGCGGCCCGCAGCCUGGGAGCCCCGGCCCCGGCCCCGGCGGCGGCGGCCCGAGCCCGGCGGCUGCCCCCGCUGCUCGUGCUGCUGGCGGCGGCGGCGGCGGGGCCCGGGGCGGGCGGCGCGGCGCGGCUGUACCGCGCGGGCGAGGACGCCGUGUGGGUGCUGGACAGCGGCAGCGUGCGCGGGGCCACGGCCAACAGCUCGGCCGCGUGGCUCGUGCAGUUCUACUCCUCGUGGUGCGGCCACUGCAUCGGCUACGCGCCCACCUGGCGGGCCCUGGCCGGGGACGUGCGAGACUGGUCUGCUGCCAUCCGCGUUGCGGCUCUGGACUGCGGAGAGGAGGAGAACUACGAGGUGUGCCGAGCCUAUGACAUCCACUUCUACCCCACCUUCCGGUAUUUCAAGGCGUUUACAAAGGACUUUACAACUGGAGAAAAUUUUAAAGGGCCCGACCGAGAGCUGCAGACGGUGAGGCGGACGAUGGUUGACUUCCUGCAGAACCACACGGACGGAGACAGGCCGCCUGCUUGCCCGCCGUUGGACCCCAUUCCGCCCAGCGACGUCCUUUCCCUUGUGGACACUCGCAGUGGCCAUUACGUGGCCGUCCUGUUUGAGAGCCACGGCUCCUAUGUCGGCCGUGAGGUCAUCUUAGACCUGCUUCCGUACGAGAACAUCGUGGUGAAGAGAGUGCUGAACGCAGAGAAGGGCUUCCUGGAGAAACUCGGUGUCUCUUCCCUUCCCUCCUGUUACUUGAUUUACCCAAAUGGGACGCGUGGAUUAAUUAAUGUCGGGAAGCCCCUCCGAUCGUUUUUUUCCUCUUAUUUGAAGUCGUUGCCGGAUGUGAGGAAAAAAUUGCUUUCGUUGCCUGAAAAACCCAACAAGGACGAGAAUCCCGAAGUCGUGGUUUGGAGAGAAUUUGACAGGUCGAAGCUCUACACGGCGGACCUGGAGUCGGGGCUGCACCACCUCCUGAGGGGAGAGCUGGCCGCCCACAAGGCCCUUGCGGGGGCCGAGCUGCGGACACUCAAGGACUUCGUCACCGUCCUCGCCAGGCUGUUCCCCGGCCGGGCGCCGGUCAAGAAGCUGCUGGAGACGCUGCAGGAGUGGUUGGCCAGCCUUCCCCUGGACAGGAUCCCCUACAAUGCCGUCCUCGAUCUGGUCAACAACAAGAUGCGGAUCUCUGGAAUAUUCCUUACUAAUCAUGUAAUGUGGGUUGGAUGUCAAGGAAGCCGGCCGGAGCUCAGGGGCUACACGUGCUCUCUCUGGCAGCUGUUCCACACUCUGACUGUCGAAGCCGGGGCCCGCCCAGAGGCGCUGGAUGGCACAGGUCUGGAGGAUGACCCCCAGGCCGUGCUGCAGACCAUCCGGAGGUACGUGCGCACCUUCUUCGGCUGUAGGGCAUGCAGCGAGCACUUCGAGGCGGUGGCUAAGGAGUCCAUGGGCGCGGUGAAGACCACGGACCGAGCCAUUCUCUGGCUGUGGGAGACUCACAACCUAGUCAACAGCCGCCUGGCAGGCCAUCUAAGUGAGGACCCCAAGUUUCCAAAGGUUCCGUGGCCCACCCCAGACCUCUGCCCAGCCUGCCACGAGGAGAUCAAGGGCGUGCACAGCUGGAACGAGGGCCAGGUGCUUCUGUUCUUGAAGCAGCACUACAGCGGUGACAAUCUCGUGGACACAUACGCGGCAGACCUGGGAGACACCAGCGAAGGAGGCGGCCCACACCAGGGCGGGGAGCAGGAGAAAGGCCUUGCCUCCCCAGGGAGGCCUCGGAGAGACCAGCGUGCCGAGAGUCUCCGUCCCCCCAGCGUGCUGCCUCCCAGACCCCGCCUGUCGGACGGCUCGCAGCUCGGCCUGGACGGGAGGCUGCGGAGCGCGAGCGGAGCAGAGGGCCGCAGGGAGGCGGAGGUGGCUGUGCCCCUCCUCGGGAUGGGCUUCUCUGGCCUGGACAUGAGCCUCUGUGUCGUGCUCUACGUGGCCUCUUCCUUGUUCCUGAUGGUGAUGUACUUUUUCUUCCGAGUGCGGUCCAAGCGGUGGAAAGUGAGACAUCACCGGCCGUCCGUGUAGAACCAAGCGGGACCACAGAAGCGCCUUUGGGGAAACAGCCCCACCAGGCCACCUGCAGCUUUCACAGAUCAGGGAUUUUAUAAACAACGAGACCCAGUUUUACUUCCAGUGGCGGGCAGGCCAGCGUUUGCCGUGGGCCCGCGUGCCCUCCUGGCGUGCUCGCUGGAUGCCUGUACAGGGCCGACAGCAAAAAUGUGUAUUUUCACUCUCCUCUGUCCAAGGAAAGGGGGAGUCCAGGCCAAACAGACAGAUUUUCCGGGCUGCCUUCGUCCCAAGUUUCUAGACGCACGUCACCUUCCACAAGCCUGGCUGGGGAUUCCGAGAGCCGCCGAGCCCUUGUGCGCUGGGAGGCCGGCGGGCGAUCACGUGGCCAGCCUGGGCCCCGCGGAGCUGCAGCACGGCCCCCAGCAGUGGGUCCCCAGUGCACCACGCCCUCGGCCACGUCUCCAGGCCAGUCUGGUUCUCAGAGACCCGUUUGCAUCUGGGUUUCCCGGCGGCGUGGUGGUUUCUGCUGAAGCAGAAGAGCAUCCCGUCCCUCCAGGGGGGAGGGAGGAGGAGGGUUUGUGACUUCACUGCCUUGCAAGGAACCCCGCUGCGGGGGAGGUGGCAGAGGUGGCGCCUUCAUGAAUCUGGUGGCAGGAGAGCACUCAGUGGCCACGGGCCGUCCCCAACUGCCUGUGCCCGGCACGGAGGGCAGAGCCCCACACAGGAGGGGUGUGGGGUGGCUGAGGCCCCAAGGGACCUUUCAGGGAGCCCUUCAUCUGUGCCCCGUGGUCCAGCAGCUGCAGGGCCUGCUGCCAAACAAAGCAGACGCUAGGACCGGAGGGCCACAUCAUGCUAGGACCAGUGGCCCUCUGGGGGUGACGUGUGUAUGGUCGUCAAAACCAGUAAGGCUGAACCCCAAAUCUCAUUUCCCAGAAGCUGUUUUACAAAAGGUCCUGGCCCACGACCCUGGUCCCCCAGGCUUUGGUGAUUGAUUUUUUAUCAUUUAAUGAUUUUUCACACACUGUGCAUAAAACCCAAAUCACUUAGAGGUGAAUUUGUUUCUGGAGAUGUAAACAGACAAAAUAGCAUGCUCUGCCUCUUUCAUGGAGAUGCUUUAAGACGUCGCUUUGUCCACAAGUGCAGCCGCGGCCGUCCACUCCUGUCGCUAGGACAGUACGGCCAUCUUCUCCACGUCGCCCGGCGCCCACUGUGAUCACGCACUAACACCUGCUGACCAGAGGCGUGUCUUGGGGGGGCAGCAGGCGAGCUGUCAGGAGCUUGAGCUUCUGCGGAGGAUGGGGGAUGGGAUGGGGGACAGGGACUGGCUGGGAGAUGGGGUGGCAGGGGACGGGGGUGAGAGACGGAAUGGGAUGGGCAUGGGAUGGGGGCAGGACAGGAUGGAGGACAGAGAAUGGGGGACUAGAGCACAGGGAAUGAGGGAUGGGGGGAGGACAGGAUAGGGGGAUGGGAACCGGAUAGGGAUGUGGUAGGGAAAGGGGGGGAUGAGGGCAGGUGACUGGGGGUAGGGUGUGGGAUGGGGCAGGGGACAGGGACAUACAGAUGAGGGAUGGGGUGGGGAGCUCCGUUGGCAGCUUCCUCAGCUGCUUGGCUUCCAUGGCUUCUCCAGAGGUUUCUUCCCGUCAGGCUGUGCCUCGCCCCUGGAAGCCCGUGUGCUCAGCCCGUGUGCUCAGCCCGUGUGCUCCAGUGGUGACUGUGCCCCCAGUUACCGAAGACCCGGAACCAAACUGGCCACAUCCACCCACAGAAUCCAGAGGGGAUGCCCAGCGCCACAAAUGAAACUACCUUCUGGUUUGCGUCCAGUGUGUCUUCUCCCCAAAGUACAUCUCCGCACAUGGCGUGGUCUGGGCUGAAGGCGCAAGACACCAAGGCCAUGACCGCCACAAGAGCCAGGGUCGGCCUCUCGGGGUUCGUGGUAACGUUGCAGUUGGAGGUCGCGGUUAUUCGAGGGACAAGUUUGCAACUCCCUGAGGGGCCAGGUUUCCCCCGGACCGUGAGCAGCCAGGGACAGGUGGUGUGCCAAGGCGGCCACAGGACGUGUGUCUGAUGUGUGGGUGUGAAUGUGGCCACAUGCCUUACGUGGCCUGCUAGGAAUUGGACGUUAACUUUGGGCAAGAUUUAAGGUCUGUUUUCUAAAGUUGUAAGCAUUUAGAUUAAUGAAUACAAUAGUUCGGUAAUUUAAAUGUGUAUUUAUUUUUAAUGGAAGGAUUUUGAUUAAAAAGAAGCUAAUUGAUGUGGCAACAUCUGAAAUUCCUUACCUGUAAGAAAAAUAAACAUUUUGUAUUUAAGUGAA